UUUUAAAAUUAUUGUUAAUGUAUGACGUUGUUAAUUUUUUAAAUUUUUACAAUAAUAAGGUAACAACUGCUAAUUGUGAACUUUCAUUAGUUCUUUAUCAUUAAAGAAUGCCAGGGUAAGCACAAGUUUUUCUCUUGCAAAACAUAGUAUUAUAGUAGCUUCCACCUAUCAAAUUUAAUUUGCAGUGUUACAGAUAUGUCUUUGGAUCACAUGUUUUGUUCUCGAUGUAGAGAAGGUUUUGUACCUCAUGAAAAAAUUGUUAAUUCACAUGGAGAAUUAUGGCAUUCUCAAUGUUUUGUAUGCGCGCAAUGUUUUCGUCAAUUCCCAGAAGGAAUAUUUUAUGAAUUUGAAGGAUAUAAAUAUUGUGAACAUGAUUUUCAUGUCUUGUUUGCACCUUGUUGUGAAAAAUGUGGAGAAUUUGUCAUUGGUCGUGUGAUAAAAGCAAUGAAUGCCAAUUGGCAUCCAGGAUGUUUCCGUUGUGAAGAAUGUAAUGGUGAAUUGGCUGAUGCAGGGUUUAUUAAAUGUCAAGGAAGAGCUUUGUGUCAUACAUGUAAUACACGUGUCAAAGCAGGAGCAUUAGGAAAAUAUAUUUGUCACCAGUGCCAUGGAGUAAUUGAUGACAAACCUCUACGCUUUCGAGGAGAGCUGUAUCAUCCAUAUCAUUUCAAUUGUACAGCUUGUGGUGUAGAACUUAAUUCUGAUGCUAGAGAAGUUAAUUCUAGACCAGGAUAUGCUGCUAAUGAAAUGAAUGAAUUAUAUUGUUUGAGAUGUCACGAUAAAAUGGGAAUUCCAAUUUGCGGGGCGUGUCGUCGUCCAAUAGAGGAACGCGUGGUAACUGCUUUGGGUAAACAUUGGCAUGUUGAACAUUUUGUCUGUGCCAAAUGUGAAAAACCAUUCUUAGGACAUAGACAUUAUGAGAAAAAAGGUUUAGCUUAUUGUGAGACUCAUUACCAUCAACUCUUUGGAAAUCUCUGUUUUGUAUGCAAUCAAGUCAUAUCUGGAGAUGUUUUUACAGCUUUAAAUAAAGCAUGGUGUGUUCAUCACUUUGCGUGUGCAUUUUGUGAUCAAAAAAUGAAUCAAAAAACCAAAUUUUUCGAAUUUGACCUAAAACCAGCUUGUAAAAAGUGCUAUGAUAAAUUUCCACAAGAGUUAAAAAAACGUAUGCGUCGUAUGUACGACUUAAAUCCUAAAAGAAUACCAGCUUAAAACUACUAUAUUUUGUUUACACAUAUUACUGGAAACGAAGCAAACGAAUUUUGCAACAUAUUGAUAAAAGUUAACAGUUUACUAGAAAUAUAACAGAACUAUGUAUCGGUUACUAACAUUAUUUAAAUCUCUAUAUUUAUGCUUUUAUUUUAAUAGUGAAGACUAUUCUCAUAUAUCUGAAUAUUUCUAUACAAUUUUCUUAUGUCCAUUAAAUUUAUUACAAAGUGCCUUAUUACUGUGAAAAGGUCAAUUAAAUACAAGAGCGAAGUUUAUCCACUACAUAUUAGAAAUGAAAUGUAAUAAGAAGUGUACAUAAUAAUUUCUACAAACUUUUACAUCAGAAUUCUGUAAAGUAAGAAACUGAAAACUGUUGAUUUAUAUUUAUUCACAUAAAUAAUAUUUGAAGAAUAAAAUAUUAUUUUAAAAAUAUUUUUUACAAUUAGAGCUUUUAAUCAUUGAGAUCAUAUUGUUACAAUUAUAAUAUUUUUUAAGUACAAUAUUAAUCUAGAUCUUACUUUGGACUUUUAAGACAAUUUUCAUCUUUAAGUUUUUAUAGAUUGCAUGUUUGGAAAUUAUGUAACAUACAAUAAUUAUAAAAACAAAAUAGAAUUACUGUAUUUAUAUAUAGCCUCGUACAAUCGAAUACCAUGUUAUUAUUAAUUGUAAUAAUUCGAAUAAAUGUUACCUUACUAAAUUGGCAAGGUUAUAUCA